AUGAAAAGAUUAAUUGACCCCUUAAGAGAAGAUAAAAGCUCUUAUUAAAUGGCUAAAGAAACAGCUCAAAUUAUUUUAGAUAUUGCCUAAUCCUCUAAAUACUAAAGCGUUUAAGAAUUAACUAAGACAAUCAACAAAGCUGGCAAAAUGAUUUUGGAAGAAAAUCCACUUGAGUUUUCAAUUGAAAAUGUUAUUAGAAAGAUUAUAAGCAUUAUCAAAGAUAUUAACGAAUAAAAUGAUAAAAAGAAGAACAAGGGUUUUUCUAAUCUUAAAAAAUUAUUCGAAAAAGAAGAUGCAAAUGAAGAUCUAACUCCAGCAAAUGUAGAAGAUAAGGAAGAAUUCAAAGCUAAGCGCACCAAAUUUAUAGAUGCAAUUUAAGGAUUAUUACAAGAGUUAGAUGAUUUGUCAGAUACAAUAAACGAUUAUGCUGCUAAUCAUAUUAACUCAGGAGAAGUUAUUUUAACUUACGGGUACUCUGAAACUAUUAAGCUCUUUUUAAUAGAUGCUAAAAAACAAAGAAACUUUGAAGUUAUUGUUUUAGAUGGAGAAUGUAAGUAAUCAGGUUAAAAAAUGGCUUAAGACCUUGCCGAUGAAGGAAUUACUACUUCUCUUAUUCCAUUCUCUUCUGCUUAUGCAUUCAUGUCCAGGGUCAAUAAAGUUUUCAUAGGUGCUCAUGCCAUUAUGAAAAACGGUGGUGUCCUAGGUAGAAACGGUAUAUUAAUGCUCACCACAGCUGCUAAAGCUUACUCAGUUCCUGUUAUUGUGCUUGCUUCAGCUAUAAAAUUAACUCCUCAUUUCCCCUUUGAAUAAAAUACUUUCAAUGAAACUCUCAAUCCUCAAGAAAUGCUUCCUAACACUGUUUCUUACAAUAAUAAUGAAACAAUUAUUGUUACUAGAUUCGACUACGUUGCUCCUGAAUACAUAAAUCUAUACAUAACAAACUAUGGAGAGCAUACUCCAGCUUAUAUUUAUCGCCUUUUUAAUGAAUAUUAUCAAAAUUGA